AUGAAGUUCGGCGCAAAGCUCGUCGCGUACGCCGUGCCGGAGUGGCGCGCCUCGUACAUCAACUACGGAGCUCUGAAGAAAUUGAUCAAACAGUGUCAAACCGACGUCGAGGCAGCAGGUGCCGUGGAGGAGCGCGAGCGGGCGAAGCGGCGCCGAAAGCUGCGGGAGGUGCCAGACCGAGAGAGCAAACUGAGACAACCGACGCAGCCUGGCGACCCCCCCACUGUUCCGCCCCUGUCCUCUGACGCGCCCUCGGCUGCGUCGCCUGGUCCUCCCGCGCUUUCUGGAGAGCAGGGCAGAGGACCCGCGCUCGGCUCCGCGUCUCAGCCGCUGCUCCGGGAGGGGCGUUCUGAGGCGGCUCACAGGGCGGACGGUUUGGAGGCCGCCGCGGAAGACACACGCGCCCGAGGCCCAAUCGAGAGCGCGCGGCAGACUGGUCUCCGCGCCUUCGAUGCGCUGCUCGAGAGCGAAGUCGCGAAAGUGGAGUCGCACUUCAACGAAGAGAUUAUCUUCCUCGUCGACCGGCUGAUGGCGAUUGAGGAGGAGCUGCUGCAGGUGGAAACAACCAAAAAACGCGGAACGGCGCUCAGAGGGGGAGGUGCCUCCGGCGCAGCAACAGACGAAACCGCAGACGCGAAAGGCGGCCGCGACCCGCGAGAGCCCUGUGGGGAUGGGGUCCAGGACUCUGCACACGAAGGCGGUAGCGGCGGCGACGGGCGAGCCGACGAGGCUGAGGAUCGCUGGAUCACGCCGGAGGAAGAAGGCGAAGAGGGCGGAAGUCCCGAAGCGGUCGUAGCAACCGAAGCCGAGGCGAGACUCGCACGCGUGCUGCCGGGGACGCAAGCUGCGCAAGACGAAGUCGCCGAAAAAGAAGCUCGCACAGCGUAUCUGCGGCGACUCGAGCGCAUGGUCCUGUCGAUUUUGGACACGCUGGAGAAGCUGGAGGGCUUUGCGAAGCUAAACACAGUCUGCGUCUACAAGAUUUUGAAGAAACGCGACAAGAAGCUGAAAACGCGACUGAUGCAAGCUGCCUUCGAGACCUACCAGAAACGACUCAACUCCCUCGUCGUGCCGCCGAGAAUCAAGAGCAAGAUCCUCGACUUGUACCGGCGCCUGAGUCGCGCGGCUGGCGACAAAGAGGAGACGCGAGAAGCGCUCACGUUUCAUCAACUCCAAAUGUCUGUUCAGAAGGACAUGCUCGCACGCCGCGGAGGCAUCUUCGGCUUCAGAGACAAGCUGCUCUACUUCUCGAUGGGCUGCAUGGUUAUCCUGUUCCUUAACAUCCUCGUUCUCUCCCUGGCGCCCUCCUCCAAUCCGCGUUUCAAACACCAAACGCUUCUGGCUUACCUCCCCAUCUACAGAUUUGUUUUUCUCUGCGCAUUUGGCACGAUGGCGAGCGCCGCUGCGAUCGCCACGAUGGAGCACUUUGGCGUGAACUACAAGUUUCUGCUUGAUAUCAACCCAAAGUGUCAAGUGGACUCGACGACGCUCUUUGGGAUCGCGGCGCUUCAGCAGUUCCUCUUUCUCCUCACCUUCACGGCCUUUCUGCUCGACUAUAAGUUCGCGGUUCUCGGCAACCACAACUUCUACUGGCUGUAUACGCUCGUCGCCAUUCUGCUCCAGCUCGGGCUCCUCGUGCUUCCGCAUCCGACCUUUCGCCUGACGUACCGCAGACAAAUUCUUGGAACUCUCAAACAAGUACUGCUCGCAGGCGUGUUCGCAGUCUCAGACGUCACGCUCGCUCAAAACAUCGUCGGCGACGUCCUCACGUCCUUCUCGAAGCCGCUUAACGACUUGCACUACAUUCUCUGCUACUACGCAACUGGCGUGAGUUACGACACGAAGCCGCAGUGCGCCGGCGACGCGGUGCUUCGGCCUAUGAUGGGCGGUCUUCCCUUCGUUCUUCGCUUCUGUCAAUGUCUCAUCAGAUACCGAGGGAGUAAGAAUGACGUGAAGGCGAGGCGCAUGCAUCUGCUGAACGCUGCGAAAUACGUCUCCGGUCUCCUCGUCAUUUUCUGCAACUCCGUUCCAUGGCAAGCUCUGGGCGUGUCACCUUACAGCGUGUGCCUGAUCUGGGUGUGCUCGUAUCUCCUCGGUACGAUUUACAUGUUCGCGUGGGACAUGAAAGUUGACUGGGGCUUGAUGCCAGAUCCUGACCACUUCAUCAGGACUGGCGGCAGUCUGAUGUAUCCGCGCUGGGUAUACCGCAGCAUCGCCAUGGGAAAUCUCGUCGGGCGGUUAACGUGGGCGAUGACCUUGAUGCCUUCGACUUUCGAUUCAGUCCGAGGAAAUCUGCUGAUUCUGCUCAUUUCGCUCAUCGAGAUUUGUCGGCGUGCAGCGUGGACUGUCCUGCGACUCGAGCAUGAGCAUUUGAGCAAUUCCUCCAAGUUCCGCGCGAUGCUUUGGGUGCCGCCGCUCUACCACGAUCCCUCACUGCUCCUCUUCGCAGGCCAGCGCGGAAACGGAAGGAAAGGAAAGGGAGAGGAGCGUCUCAGAAAGCCUUCUUCAGUGCUUUUCUCUUGA